AUGGUGGCAUUGAAUGCUUCAGAGAAACCAAAACCUAAGGUUGGUCAACUGCAGCAUCCGAUCUCAUCUUCUAACCUUGUUAAUCCCUCUCCACGUGGUGGAACUGUGAAAUCUGAUUUUUCAAAGACUUCUAAUGGGGGAAAGCUUCAUGUUCUCAAACCUGCACGAGAGAGAAAUGGUGUCUCUUCCGCAAAAGACAGAUUGAGCCCAACAAGUAGUAUGAAAGUAGCAAAUAUCCCACUUGCUAUUGCUCCAUUAGUUUGUGGAACUGCUCGAUUAGGCAGCUCAGGAAACAACCCAGCCCUUGCCACUGCUGAUCGCAAACCUGCUCUGGCAACGUUGGAGAAGAGACCCACAUCUCAAGCCCAGAGCCGGAAUGAUUUUUUCAAUCUUAUGAGGAAGAAAUCUAUGACGAACUCCUCUUCUGCUGCUGCUGAUCCUGGUUCUGCUGUGUCACCAUCUGCCUUGGAUAAAUCUGGUGAAACAGCAGUUCCCACUGCUUCUGUUGCUGCUCGGAGUACUGAUGCAGCAGAUGACCCAUUGCCAGAUGGCUCUACUAGGAACCAAUCACUGGAGAAUAGGGGUGAGUUGACCUUAAAUGGUGCUGCUUAUGAUGGGCCACAGGAAUCUAUUGACAAUGGAAAGAAUCAUUCUACAUCUGAUGCUAUUCUUCAUUCAGAGGAGGAAGAAGCUGCAUUUUUACGUUCUUUGGGUUGGGAAGAAAAUAGUGGAGAAGAUGAAGGCCUUACUGAGGAGGAGAUCAGUGCUUUCUACAGGGAUGUAAAUAAGUACAUCAACACAAGGCCAUCUUCGAAAAUUCUCCAAGGAAUGCAGCCGAGGUUUUUAGUGCCUCUCAGCUCACAAAUGAGGAGUGUUUGUGGUGUCUCUUCCGGGUUAAGCCCAUCUGACUCUAAGCUGGAAUCUUAAUUAAGAAACCUCUUACUGGGUUUAAUAAUCCUUAAUUGAUGGUGCUAGAGGUUUCUAUUUUGCUUUUUAUUUAUUUAGUUGAUACAGAAAUGGAAUUUUGAGAAGCCAAGAAGGCAUUCAAAGAAGGUAAAACAGGGAUUCUGACACCCUUGCCAUUUGGUGGAAGUGAAUUGGAAUAAGUCACAGAUGGCCCUGUCCCCAGGAUGACUUCUGAUAUGAUGUGCCAGUUUCUUGACUUCUAGAAGUUUCUGAUGGUUUACAGAUUGAGGUAGGUGAAAUAGGAAUAGGUUUUAUAAAGCCGCUAGGGGAAAUUGUUUGGUGUGCAAAAUCUGGGUUUUUGUCAGUUUUCUGGUUCCUUCAACAAAUAGCUUAUGAUCUCUUUAGUCAUUCUAAGAAAAGAAAGAAAUGAAAUUU